GGACACGUUCACCAACCGUCGGUGAUUACCUCGCGAGACCAUCGAUCCAUCCGCUCUCUCUUUCUGUGCUGUGUCUAAUAUAUUCUACACAUGCAUCGUGUGUGUUUCUUGUUGUCAAUAUUUGUGAAUUGUGGGAUUAUAUAUAUAUAUAUAUAUAUAUAUAGACUUUGAAACGUGGACAUAGUUGAUGGUGCAUACCUCGUCUCGUAUGAACGUAUUGCUCUCUUUUUCUCUCUUUCUCUCUGUUCAUCGUUUUCCUGUAGAUUGUGGCAGAGUACCUUUAGCCAAUCAACCCUUCCUCUUUGUAAUUUCCACUGUUGAAAUACUCGUCCAGGAGUACACGUUGAUCGUUUUAACUGUCGUUCGAUUGAGUUAUUUGUUUUUGGUGGUAACAAAAUGUCGGUGUCCUAUAUAGAGUGUGAAUAUUUGAAAGUAAAAUUCUUGGGAGCUGUAUUUUUUUUCUUUUUUUUUUUAAUGGAUAUCGUGUUGAGAACGAAAGUUGCUCGUGCUCAAUGGAGUAUCCAAUCGAGAAAAAUUCACUCUCGAGAGUUUCACUUUGAAAUUCACCCCCUUACCCUUGUAAUUUCUCACGCUUCGCUAUGUAUUUUUGAAUAGACGUAGAACCAACCAGUUUUUAACUAACUAUCUCGAUCCUUUAAUGUUAUUCUUCCGCAGUUGAUAACCGAUAAUUGAUAACCGCUUGCUGUUCGCUUUCCAUGUUGAGAGUCUCCGAUUUGCGCGCAAAGUUCGGUGCUUUUCCUCGACAGACGAACGAAAGUAACCAAAGGUAGCUCUUUAUCCCCUAAUCAAAAACUUCGCGUUUUUUUCUCUCUCUCUUUCUCUCUCUUUCUGAGAAAGCGAAGCGUUAAACAACUCGAAUAACUCCAAGUCACGAUCCUUCUUUUAACUUUCGAUUCCUCUGUACGUAGAAGAUACGAUUCACUUUGCCUCGUGAAUCAUGAGCCGAUUAUCGUCGUGCAACUUCUCCACCCAAGUAUCUUAACAUUGCGAAACAUUGUUCAGAGACCAACACAGAGAAUUAUAUUAAAGUUUCAGGAAGAUAUAUUAUGUUCCAUUUGAAUGGAACUUGGUCCUGUCUUGCUCGAUCGUUAAAUUCGGAGAUCAAGCGUAGACAUUGCAUUCAAAAGUUUCUUCUUUCGAGGAAAUCGAAACGUAGCUACGUAAUCUAGUAUGUCAAAGACGUUUCAUCCGAUGGAGCGCAAGGAAUUCACGUUUCUCGAAGAAGGAGACGCUAGUGUCUUGUUCGCGUGAGGGAAGAUCGCUAGGGAGAUGGUAACUUUUCUUCUCUUGGAAAAUCGCGACGACACGGACGAAGAUCUAAGGCUCUUUAGGGAAAUUUUCUAUUUUUUUUUUCUUUUUGAAAAUAAUAUACGUGGAAAUAGUUAUUUCGUUCUUAUUUUUCCAAGAUCAAUGCAUGAUCCAUAUAUAACGUUCAAUUGAAAAAUCGAUAAAUUUUAUUUUUAUUCUAUGCCUAUAUCGAAAAUUCUCAGCAUCGUUCAACUUCUAAUUUAUUUCCAAUAGCGUCGAGAUCAUUGAAGAAUAUUUUUGAAUGAAAAUUUUCAAAGAUUCACAUUGGAUCAUUGAAAUUUCCUCGUGUGUACCAUUGAUGCUUUGAUAAUUACCCAAGUAUCUUCAUCAAUGAAAUUAAAAAAAUUAUUUUACGAGAGCCAUACCAGAAAAAAUAAACUCAUCGCUUGGAAAACUUUCGAUCGACUCCAAAUUCGAUCCACUAAUAUUAUCCAAACCCAUACCACCUUAACCGACAUUUCUCGGACGUUGGAGGCAGGUUGACUGCAGUCGAUGUUCCAGGUCGAGUCUCAGGUAUCGAGCCCUCGAAAGGCUCUGCGCCGUAAACGCUGUCGUGACAAGACAGUCCUUGCGGCUGCGGCAGAUCAAUCGAGAGGCUCGACUAUUAAAGUCGGUGUCGCUGUGUCGGGCGAACAGUCCUCCCCUGUGUGUGGAGGGCACGUUUCGCGUCGGCUGUGGCCUGCUCAUGCUCGCUUCCUCCUUCUGGUAUCGGAAAAUCCGCGUGACACACCGAAAUCAUCGUUUCGACGCGCAACAGUUACCUCGAAUCGUUGAAGUCGUUGCAUUCGUAAACGAGUAAUAAUUGGGAUAUAAAUAACAUUCGAGACUGGAAUUUCGAAUUUAAUAGAAUUUGAAUCAAAUCUCGUCGAACAAUUCAGUGGUGCUGUUGUUUCUUUCUGUAUAUAUGAUGAGGAACAGUGAAGAGAGAACGUGACGAAGAAGAAUCGAAUUCGUCGUUUCUUCGUUUCCUCAAAUCUUCGAAUGCCUCGAGAGAAUUUCAUAAGGAUUGUUCCGUUUCUCUAACGAUACGUGGAAAGAUUCGAGAGAAUUUCCAAACUGUUGUACUAUUUCCACGCGAACGUGGUGGGAAGAUUCGGGAGAAAAUUUCAAGAGAAUGUUUCGAUUCGACGAUAGGAUUGUUCUUCGUUAUUAAAACGAAGACGUAUCUAUGAUCCUUGCGUGACACGAUCCAUCAUUUCUCGAGGUGUAAUUAUAAUUCUAGACCUUGGAGCUUCUGGCGAGAUCGUCUUCGCGGCACAGACUGGCUCGACCAACAUCGUAAAUCGUUAUGUUUCUCCGAUGAUCUCAUUCUGCAUCUUUUUUCGCGUAUAAACGGAUACUUGGACGACAUAGAGAGAAACGUAAGAUUCACGUGGAAGCACGAUGGUAACUCGCCAAGACGGAGAUCGAGAAAUUCUAGUUAUCCCGGAGCGGGCCAAGCGACGGUAGGGCUUGGGAUUGAUCAAAGUGGUGUGUACAAUCAGACGAGCCGCGCGUUUCUUCCAACGAUAAAAACUUGGAAAUUGUCGCAUCGAAGGGAAAUCGGUUACUUUACAAUUACGUGGUUGAAUAAUUUCGAAGGAGAAAUAAUAAAGUGGCAAGGAAAUGAAAAUUUCGCGAUUGGCCAGACGGGAGGACGAUCGUUGUCGCGGCAAGAAUCUUAUUUUAAAAACUGUUGUUCGAUAGAGGGAAAACCGAAUUUCUAAUCUUUCGAUUCCUUAACAAAUGAAAGUCGGAGUUGCAUCAAGUUCCUCGAAAAUUCCUUCCUUUCCCGAUGAAUAUUUUUCCUGGGGGAGACAAAAUAACGAGGUUGAUAUUCCAAUCACGAGUGUAAUCUCCGAGAGCUACCGUUCGAUAAAUUAUCGAUGAAAGAACGAAUUUGCCCCCCGCGCGGGAACUGGAUCGACGAAAGAAACGCGGAGAGCGAAAAAGAAAAGAAUCGCGAUAUGGAAUUGCAAAAAAGAAGAGACGCUUGCGAGCGUAGGGAAGCUGCCUAGGUAGACGCUUUCGUGAUCGUCGAGCACCGUCACCACCACCACCAUCGGCGCUGCUUCUUCCACUCGUUGUAAAAGAAACUCGACCGAAAAGACCACCCUCGGGCUUGAAAACAUCAUUGAAACGAAUCAUCACACUCGCCUUAUACCUAAAAACAAAAAAAAAAAAAAAAAAAAAAAAAAAAAAAAAAACAAAAAAAUCGACUCGAAUCGGAUCUAAAGAGGAAAUGAAAACGUUAAUUAAUAAACACGAAAAUCGACACGAAAAGAAAAUGGAAAAUCGAUCGAAAAGAUAAUCGAAGCAACAACCGCGUCCUCCUUGUACGAUUCUCUUGUCCGUCACACACUGCCCUCUCUCUUUCUCUCUCUCUCUCUCUCUCUCUUUCUCUCUUUCUCACGCUCAGUCAAUCAUGAAUCUUAUGUUCCGCAAGAACUUCAGCGAGAAGGGAUUCGGUGGUGGUGGAGGAGGAGGAGGAGGAGGCGGCGGACUGGAGGGCCGCUCGGUCCUCGGCACCGUUUACGGGCCGGCCACUUUGGGGUACACGGGGACUCGGUUCGGCGUGGUGCGCGGCGCCGGCCAGUCGGCGGUCGGGGCGCGCGCACCGAUACGACGCAGCAGAGAGUUCGGCUACUUCCCCUCGAUGGCCGAUCACGAGCACCAGGGGUUCGGGUACCGGACUCACCUGUUUCUCACCCCACCGACAGGCGGUGCCCUCGGCUCGCCACCGGAGGAACCGACCGAGAGGCUAGGCCCUCCACCCAGGAAAAAUUCUGGGCCCCACGUGAUAAAGUGGGGUGGCGGUGGAGGGGGUGGAGGAGGACAGGGAUCGGGACAGGGAUCGGGAGCCGGAGGACAGGCGAGGAGGAAACAGGCUUCCCAGCAGAAAGAACCCUCGGAACCCUCGACCCCGACUGCUUCGAGACAGGUUUCCUUCAGCGGUAACCGAGCGUCUGGCGCAUACACGCCCCUGGUGGUUUCCGGGAACAGCCCUCCGCGUGGCGAACCAAUCUCCCUGGCUACCUUGGACCGCGACUGUUUCAUCAUUCCCCUCGCAUCUCUCGAACGUUUUUUACCUGCGGGAGUACCGCAUGCCCCAAUCGCGGACAAAAAGAGACCAGGAAGUCCUCUGUCGGUUCUCGAAGUCGAAGAUCCCAAGCAAUGUGUUCUUGCUCACUUUAUGACACCUCUGGAGCCAUUAGAUCCUUUGGUCGAGUCUCCUGUUACCAGGCCGUUGGUCCUACAACGGGAUACUGCGGCCGAAUUGGUCGCUGAGAUCGCACCCUCAGCUUCUCAGAGUAUUCUUCUUACGAAUAUGGAGAAAAAUGCGGAUUUCCCAUUCAUCACAUAUUAUUUAAUAAACAAGCAAAACACAGAUCCCGUUGAUUUCUAUAACGAGGUUCAAUGCGCUGCCUUGAGAAAAUUCGAUCCUCGAGAUCUUCGAUAUGCGGCCAAUCACACAUUGGAUCUAUUCAACGAAGUGGCCACCAUAGCAAGACCACCGCUAGAACCACCUGGUGUCAGACCACCGAUUCCGUCCACAGGCUAUAUUGUCUCGAUUUUUAAAGUAUUCGAGGGCGACGACGGCCUUAAGUUCGAGCAAAAUUGGCUCUAUUGGACCGGUGCCCGUAUGAUGUACCGAUAUUUGCCGAAAUCGGUGGGCCUGAGGCGAAUCACAUUGCACAAGUCCAUGUCACAAGGCGACAAAAUGUAUCUACUGAUCUGCGAAUGUUCGCAAUUGCAAGACAAUCUCUCCGCGGCAGCGAUAUUGUUGCCCGCGUUACGUGCCCGUUUAUGCGGUUAUACCGGUCUCUAUAGACCUUCGGUGUGCUUCUGAUUUCUCAGGAAACGCUAACCACGCGCCAACGAUAUCACAAUAGUCCAACAAAACAGAGCCACUUUGUGAACUUUCCAUUUCGAAUAACAAAUCGUUUGAAAUAUGGCUGGCCUUUGUUGAUAAGUUGUAUCUACUAUGAUUAGAUACAAUGAAUAUCAUAAAUUUGUGGUAUUGCGUGGUUUGGCGUGGUUGUAAAUUUAUCAAUUGCAAUAUUCCAAUCUCGAAUAUAGCAAGAGAAUCGCUUUGAUCAGUAAAAAAUAUGAAAAUGUAAUGAUUAGUAAAGAUAAUCUCUGUGUAAUAGAGAGUUUUCCGGGGCUCGUUUCGUCUGAGCCGCGAUAAUAGUGUUUACAAUAUUAGCAUCCUCUCUUUGUAUGAUACGUACACUUUGAUCAUUUUACAAAUUCUCCCAGUUUUAUAAACUUACUUUCUUAUAUCGCACUAUAUACUAUCGCGGUAAUGGAUUUCAUGUGAUUAAGCACUUUAUUAAGCCGUACUGCCGACGUUAUUAUAAAUCUCAUAAUUUCAUGAAACGAGCCCUCCUCCUUUACCAGAAUUCAACGGCCAGCCAAUGGGAAAAAUCAAAAAUUUACUUAUCUCGUGAUUUCUGAUUACAACGGAAUGGUAAAAAAUUUUUAUUAAGGCACGUUCGUAUACGCUUUAGAGAAAUUUCAAUGAUAAAUCUACGCUUCGGGCUGCAUACCCGUUUAGCUAUGCCUCUGGCCAGUUUGUAUUUUUCGAUUUUACAUAUUUCAUCCAACAUUUUAUGCGAGCGUAUGCGUCGCUCGAUAACUGAGUGCAAUUUGCAUGUACAUAAUAUAGAGAUUUGCAAGACACUUUUAUUACUACAUCGAAGACUAUCGAUUAAAUCGCUAAACUACAUAUCAUAUACUUGAAAAACUGUGAUAUUUGAACUAUUACCGCAUAUAUCACAACGAAUGUAACGAGAAUGUCGCGAAUACUUCUUAAUCAAAAAAAAAAAAAAAAAAAAAAAAAAAAAAAGAAAGUACUCUUUAAGAA